UCGACAUGUAUGCCCUUCGAUAUAUGUUUUGAGGCUCUAUUAUCUGCCAAAAAGAGUCCUAUUACUAGGCUUUGUUGAAUUGAGCUCCCCGUCUCGGCGAGUCUACGUACCUUACCUAGAACGCUAGAGAUCUGCGACAGUCUUACGAGAGGCAUCUCGCGGAAACGUGUUUGUAUAUCACCAACUGGAACGAACGACGACUUCACGCAUCGGAUCUGAGAGCAUCGCCUACUGACUAGCAUACUGCUUCGUUUGCCAUGCCUCCUGUACGGUGCAACUUUGCCUCAGCACUCUAUGACCGCAUGGUACCUCUUGCGGUCGGCGAGGUGCAACCAGCGGGGCUAUCGGUGAACUUCAUCGACGUUCAUCACCCGCGCGACAUCUUUGAUCGGAUGAUAGCAAACCAGGAAUUUGAUGCUUCGGAGUUGUCCAGUUCGGAAUACAUCACUCGCCAUGUCGCUGGAGAUCGCACCUUCAUUGCGCUACCGGUUUUCCCUUCUCGAGUUUUCCGGCACAGUUUCAUCGUCGUGAACAAGGAGAGGAUCAGGGAGCCGAAGGACCUCAAUGGUAAGAGGAUCGGAGUGCAACUGUACACGAUGACUGCCGCCGUCUUCAUCCGAGGUCUACUUCAACAUGAGUACGGCGUCGACAUAUCAUCCAUCGAGUGGGUGGAAGGCAAAAUGGAGGGACCCGGCCCUCACGGCAAGCCCUCUGCCUUGAAGCCCCUGAAGCCGAUCAAAAUCACGCAGAACACCAAUCCCACCAAGUCCCUCUCCGAUCUUCUUGAGGCCGGCGAGAUUGACGCCACAAUCGGCGCUGAUAUCCCAGCCUGCCUCGGCAAAGCACCGCACAUCGACCGUCUUUUCCCAGACUUCAAGAAAGUGGAAAUGGACUACUACAAGCGCACCGGCAUUUUCCCGAUCAUGCAUCUGGUGGCCAUGCGCCGAGAUUAUUACGAGCAAAACAAAUUCGCGGCCUCAGCCUUGUACAACGCCCUGAACGACAGCAAGGAACUGGCCAGGAAGCGGAUGGAGAGCACGGGCGCGCUCAGAUACAUGCUUCCAUGGCUCCCUCAGGAACUCGAUGAGAUCCACGAGGUGUUUGGAGAAGAUUGUUGGCCUUACGGCAUCGAGGAGAACCGGAAGACUCUGGAAGCGUUGGUGCAGUAUCUGUAUGACCAGUCGAUGAUUGAGACGAAGGUGCCUAUUGAGGAGCUCUUUGCGCCAGUGAGGAAGAUCAACUUCAGGAUAGGCUAA